CCGGCUCCCCCUUCCUCAUCGUCCCAGUUGAACUUUCCCUCCUCUGAGCGAGAGUAACAAUAGCCAGCCAUGACGAUCAAACCAAGAGCCUUCGUUCCUUUUCUUCUUCUUCUUUCCAUCCUUUUCGUCUCCGCCACCUUGACUUUCUCAGCCACUACUGAGGAUCCCAAGCAGCGGUUGGAGCGGUGCAAGCAGGAGUGCCGGGAGAGCCGACAAGGUGAGCGACAAGAGAGACGGUGCGUCAGCCAGUGCGAGGAGCGCUACGAAAGAGAGAGGAGGGAGCAAGAGGAGCGGAAGGGGCAAGGCGAGGAGAGAGGUAGACGAGAGGAACCCGAGAAGCGGCUCGAGGAAUGCCGGAGGGAGUGCCGGGAGCAAGCAGAGCGGAGGGAGCGGAGAGAGUGCGAAAAGCGGUGCGAGGAGGAGUAUAAGGAGCAUCGUGGAAGGAGCAAGGACAAAGAGGAGGGAGAGGAAGGAAGGGGGGAGAAGAGGAGAGAGAGCGAUCCUUACUUCUUCGAUGAGGAGAGCUUCCUGCACCGGGUCAGGACCGAGCACGGCCAUGUUAGGGUCCUCAGAAACUUCUUGGAGAAAUCCAAGCUUUUGCUCGGAGUCGCCAACUAUCGUGUUGCCAUCCUCGAGACCAAUCCAAACACCUUUGUGCUCCCCAGCCACUGGGACGCAGAGGCCCUUCUCUUCGUAGCCAGAGGACAUGGACAUAUAACUCUCCAGUGUCAAGAUAACAAGGCGACACACGAGCUUCGCCGGGGAGAUAUCAUGAGGGUGCGUGCAGGAACCAUCGUGUCUUUCGCGAACAGUGGCGUCGGGAACGAGAAGCUCGUUAUAGUCAUUCUCCUCCAUCCCGUAGCCACUCCUGGCAUGUUUGAGGCGUUCGUUGGUGCUGGUGGACAAAACCCCGAGUCAUUCUACCGGAGCUUCAGCAAGCGAGUCUUAAGCGCUGCCUUCAACACACGAGAAGACAAGCUGGAGAGGCUCUUCCAAAAGCAGAAUAAGGGAGCCAUAAUCCAGGCAAGCCAGGAGCAGAUCAAGGAGAUGAGCCGCGGCUCAGAGGGUCGGUCUUGGCCCUUCGGUGAAUCGAGGAGGCCGUUCAAUCUGUUCCACAAGCGCCCUGCCCACUCCAACCGCCACGGAGAGCUGAGGGAGGCCGAUUCCGACGACUACCCGGAGCUCAGGGACCUCAACAUCCAUGUCUCCUACGCUAAUAUCAGCAAAGGAUCCAUGAUAGCACCUAACUAUAACACCGAGGCAACCAAGAUUUCCGUUGUAGUAGGAGGCAACGGCGACGUUCAGAUAGUGUGCCCACACAUUUCUAGACAACAGGAGGAAGGUCGACGAGGCCGGGAGGAAGAGGAAGGACGAGGUAGGCAGGAAGGCAGGGAGGAAGAGGAAGAGGAGGAGGAGGAGCAACAACAGCGUGGUCAGCACUACCGAAGAGUCGAAUCCAAGGUAUCAUGUGGCACGACCUUCAUCGUUCCUGCUGGCCACCCAUCCGUCUCCGUCUCCUCGCGCAACGAGAAUCUUGAGGUCCUGUGCUUCGAAAUCAACGCCAAGAACAACCAAAGGACCUGGCUUGCAGGGAGGAACAACGUAUUGAAGCAGAUGGAUAGGGUGACCAAGGAGCUGGCCUUUGAUCUGCCGGAGAGGGAGGUGGACGAGGUCUUGAAUGCCCCAAGGGAGGAGGUUUUCAUGGCGGGCCCAGACGAACGCGGGCGAGAGAGAGAGAGGGGGGAAGGCCGCGAUGGUCCACUGGAAUCUAUCCUGGAAUUUGCCGGCUUCUGAGAUGGAACGAAGGGAAAGUUUUAGGAGUUGUAUGGACCCGAGUGUGAAGGAAUAAAUAUGCAUGACAGUUUUAAGUGAGUAGUAGUAGGGAGUAGUGUAAAUCCUGUGGAAUAAGCACUUUUAAGGUGCCUUGGAAUAAAAGACUUCGCCUUUUUACAUUUUA